AUGGUUCUUGCAGCUGUUGGUCAACUAUGCUCGACUGCGAGUCUGGCAGCUAAUCUGGCACAAUGCCAAACGCUGGUUCGCAAAGCAGCUGCAGCUGGUGCAAAAGCAUUGUUUCUCCCCGAAGCCUCAGAUUACAUUGGUUCCUCGCCUGCCGAGACGAUAUCUCUUGCGCGCUCCAUGCAAGAUAGUGAAUUCGUCCUAGGUCUACAGAAAGAGGCUCAAUUAGCCAAGCUUCAUAUCAAUGUCGGAAUUCAUGAACCGGCAUCCAAUGAUAGGACGAAGAACACUCUCAUCUGGAUCGAUGAUAAGGGUUCCAUAAUACAGCGCUACCAGAAGGUUCACCUGUUCGACGUCGAUAUCAAAGGUGGCCCAGUGCUGAAAGAGAGCGCGAGUGUUGAAAAGGGCAUGGAGAUCUUGCCGCCAUUCGAGACGCCCAUUGGGCGCGUGGGCUUAUCUAUCUGCUUUGACUUGCGCUUCCCCGAGCUCAGUCUGGCUCUCAGGCGACAGGAUGCCCAGAUCAUCGCCUACCCAUCCGCCUUUACGGUCCCCACUGGUAGAGCGCACUGGGAAACACUUCUGCGGGCUAGAGCUAUCGAAACUCAGUCAUAUGUUGUAGCAGCUGCACAGGCAGGACCACACAACGAGAAGCGCGUCAGCUAUGGCCACUCGUUAAUUGUGAAUCCGUGGGGUGAAGUGGUAGCGAGUCUCGGAGAUGAGUAUGAGGAACCGCAAAUCGCUGUUGCUGACAUUGACUUGGAGCUUCUUGCGAAGGUUCGAAGGGAAAUGCCCUUACUCAGACGUACGGAUAUAUAUCCGCAGGUAUAGCCCUCGAAAGCAACCUUGUACAGAAGGGAUGGCCUCACAUCUAUUUGUCUACCAAUCGUUGAAAGCAUGGUCCACGGCUGAGAGAUUUCCUUACCACUCGUAGAAGGUAUUAUAAUGAC